UCAGCAGCAGAGAGAGAGAGAGAGAGAGAGAGAGAGAGAGAGAGAAAGAGGACAUGGCUGACCAGCACAGCAGCGAUACUCUCAGCUUUUAUGUUAAUGGAAAGAAGGUAACUGUGAGUGAUGCAGACCCGGAGACCACCCUGCUAUCCUUCCUCAGAGACACCUUGCAUCUGACGGGCAGUAAGUCCGGGUGUGGAGGAGGGGGUUGUGGGGCCUGUACUGUAAUGGUGUCCAGAUAUGACCCUCACACCAAAACCAUCCAUCAUUUCUCGGUUAAUGCCUGUCUGAUGCCCGUGUGCCAGCUGGACGGGGCAGCUGUCACCACUGUCGAAGGCAUCGGCAACACCAAGACCCGGUUACAUCCAGUGCAGGAGCGAAUAGCGAAGGCCAAUGGCUCUCAGUGUGGUUUCUGUACUCCAGGGAUGGUGAUGUCCAUGUACACACUGCUGAGGAACAAACCAAAACCCAGCAUGGAGGAUAUCAAAGAGACUUUGGCAGGAAACUUGUGCAGAUGUACAGGAUACCGACCCAUCAUUGAUGGAUAUAGGACCUUCUGUGAGAGUGAAAACUGUUGCCAGAUGAAUGGCAAUUCCUGCUGCAUGACGAAUGGAAGUGGACCUUUGGAGUCUGCUGAGAACGGUCAGCCGGAGCUGUCUGGUAAGGAGGAGUUUAUGCCACUGGACCCCACCCAGGAGCUUAUCUUUCCCCCGGAGCUCAUAAGAAUGGCGGAAAGUGCGAAACCAACUACUCAGAGGUUCCGGGGGGAGAGGAUGACCUGGAUCUCCCCCGUCUCUCUAAAUGAGCUUCUCCAGCUGAAGGCCCAACACCCACAAGCCCCCAUCGUCAUGGGCAACACCAAUAUAGGACCAGACAUUAAGUUUAAAGGAGUCGUCCAUCCCAUAAUAAUCUCAGCCUCCCGAGUGAGGGAACUGUUCGAAGUUGAGCACAAGCCCGAGGGUGUGUGUGUGGGUGCGGGCAGCAGUUUGUCUGCGGUGCGUAGUGUGUUGGAGAAGAGUGUGAGCUGUCUUCCUGAGGAACACACUCAGACUAUGGCAGCGCUGCUGGAUCAGCUUGGACGAGUGGGAGGAGAACAGAUUCGCAAUGUAGCUACUCUUGGUGGAAACAUUGCCAGUGCGUAUCCAAACUCAGACCUAAACCCUGUUCUAGCCGCUGGGAGAUGUUCAGUGCUUUUGCUGUCCAAAGAUGGAAAGCGGGAAGUUCUCCUAAACAAGGAAUUCUUUGUGGGGUUUGGAAAGACCAUCCUGAAACCAGAGGAGAUUCUGCUGUCUGUCUUUAUUCCCGUUUCCAGAAAGGGGGAGGUAGUCCGGGCUUUUCGUCAUGCUCCUCGUAAGGAGAACGCUUUGGCCACGGUGAACGCUGGAAUGCGUGUGUGGUUUGAGGAGGGUUCUAAUGUGGUGAAGGAGAUGAGUGUGUAUUAUGGUGGGGUGGGACCCUGCACAGUCAGCGCAGAGAAAACUGCCCAGCAGGUCGUGGGAAGGUCGUGGAAUGAGGAAACGUUAUGUGAUGCAUACAAGGAGCUGGUUGAUGAUGUCACUCUGGGGGCGUCGGCUCCAGGGGGCAAAGUGAUGUUCCGCAGGUCCCUCACACUCAGCCUGCUCUUCAAGUUCUACCUGCACGUCCUGCAGCACCUUAAAGACACGAGUGUGAGUGAGGGGCAAAUUCCCCCUGAGCAGCUCAGUGCUGUGGAACCUCUUCCCAACAUCAUCCAGCCCAGCUACCGAGAGUUCCAGGAUGUGUUGGAAGGGCAGUCGGAGCAGGACCCCGUGGGCCGGGCGCUCUGGCACCGCUCGGCUCUGUCCCAUGCCACAGGCGAAGCCGUGUACUGCGAUGAUUUCCCUCACACUGACGGAGAGCUCUUCCUCUCAAUGGUCACCAGCACCAGAGCACACGCCAAGAUCACCCAUAUUGAUGUGAGUGGAGCUCUGAGCAUGCCUGGAGUGGUGGAUGUCUUCACUGGGGACGAUAUUCCAGGACAGAAGUUCAGGUCCUUCGCUGGGAUCAAGGAGGAACUGAUGGCUGGAGAGGAGGUGACCUGCGUGGGUCAGAUGAUUUGUGGGGUCGUCGCCGAUACGAAGCAGCAUGCUAAACUAGCCGCCAGAGCCCUGAGGAUCAGCUAUGAGGAUCUACCAGACCCAAUCUUCACUGUAGAGGAGGCUGUGCAGAAGCAUUCCUUCUUCUUGCCUCAGAGGAAGCUAGAGAAAGGAGAUGUGAGCAGGGCGUUUCAGGAGGCAGAUCAGGUUCAUGAAGGAGAGAUCCGACUGGGUGGUCAAGAGCAUUUCUACAUGGAAACGCAAAGCAUGCUGGUCAUUCCAGUAGGAGAGGAGAAGGAGAUGAAGGUCUUUGUGUCCACUCAGCACCCAACAAUGGCCCAGGAAGCUGUAGCGGAGACGUUGGGGAUCCCGUCCAAUCGUGUAUCUUCUCAUGUAAAACGGGUCGGUGGGGCAUUUGGUGGCAAAGUGACCAAAACGUCCAUUCUGGUCAGCCUCACCGCUCUGGCUGCUUGGAGGACAGGGAGGCCUGUGCGGUGUGUGCUGGAGCGAGGGGAGGACAUGCUGAUAACAGGAGCACGACACCCAGUGCUGGGAAAAUACAAGGUGGGCUUCAUGAAAGACGGCAGGAUCACUGCAGCUGAUGUUCAGUACUACGCCAAUGCAGGAAACACAGCAGACGAGUCUGUGCUGGUGGCUGAGAAGAUCCUCCUCCACAUGGAUAACUCUUACAACAUCCCCAACCUCCGCGGCCAAUCAUCUGCCUGCAAGACCAACCUGCCAUCCAAUACGGCCUUCCGAGGGUUCGGCGUUCCUCAGUCCAUGCUGGUUAUGGAGAACAUAAUCAACGAUGUGGCGCUGAUUCUCAACCGGCCAGCUGAGGAGAUCAGGGAGAAGAACCUGUAUAAGGAGCCCUCUCUAACCCAUUAUAAGAUGGAGUUUGACCCGGAGAAUCUGCUGCGCUGCUGGAUGGAGUGUAAAGAAAAAAGUGAGCUGGACGGCAGGCAGCUGAGCAUCGCCCAGUUUAACCAGCAGAACCGCUGGAAAAAACGAGGAAUCUCCAUGAUUCCCAUCAAAUACGGCAUCGGCUUCGCUGAGGGCUUCCUCAACCAGGCUGCUGCGCUGGUGCACAUCUAUAAGGACGGAUCAGUGUUAGUCAGUCAUGGAGGAACUGAGAUGGGUCAGGGCAUUCACACCAAACUCCAGCAGGUGGCCAGUAGAGAGUUGAAUGUGCCCCUUUCUCUGAUCCACAUCACUGAGACCGCCACCAGCUCCGUCCCAAACACCUGUCCCUCUGCUGCGUCCUUUGGAACCGAUGCCAACGGCAUGGCUGUGAAGGAUGCCUGUGAAACUCUGUAUAAACGACUGGAGCCAAUCAGAAAGCAGGACCCCAAUGGCACAUGGAAAAGCUGGAUUUCUAAAGCGUUCUUUGACAAAAUCAGCCUCUCAGCUACUGGGUACUACAGGGGUCAGGACCUGUAUAUGGACUGGGAGAAGCAAGAGGGCCUGCCGUAUGCGUAUUUCACCUACGCCGCCUGCUGCAGCGAGGUGGAGCUGGACUGUCUGACUGGAGAAUACAGGACUAUUAGAACUGACCUGGUUGCUGAUAUCGGCAGGAGCAUCAACCCAUCUAUUGACAUCGGACAGAUUGAAGGUGCCUUCAUGCAGGGUCUGGGUCUCUACACCAUGGAGGAGCUCAAGUUUUCCCCCUCAGGCGUUCUCUACACCCGCGGCCCGGGGCAGUACAAGAUUCCUGCGGUGUGUGACGUCCCACUGCAGUUCAACGUUUACCUGCUGUCUGGAUCCCACAACCCCCACGCCAUCUACUCAUCCAAGGGUAUUGGUGAGCCUACUCUGUUCCUGGGCAGUUCUGUGUUCUUUGCGCUGAAAGAAGCCAUGGCAGCAGCCCGGAGUGACUCGGGCCUGAGCGGACCGUUCCCUCUACACAGCCCGGCUACACCAGAACGAGCCUGCAGUGCAUGCAGCACUCGCUUCACACAGAUGAUUCCAGAGGCAGAAACAGGAUCUGCCCGUUCGUGGGCCCUGGAGCUACCAUGAUCUGCCCCAACAGUCUUCUGUUCACCUUCACUAUAGUUAUUCUUCCACCAUAACAUCACAAUGUCUGUUUUAUUUUAUAGGUAUAAAAAGUGACCAGAUUUUAAAAUACUGCUAAAAUGGUUCAGCUCACUGUCAGUAUAUACAUACUAACAUACUCAUGGUUUGGUAGCUGCAGGGUUCUCGCAGGGUCCAGCGUCUCUUGCACGUCAGGUCGGGAAGGUUUGAAGCAAGGAGUUUCUGAAACACAGGGGUUGACUUGUACAGUGGCCAGCCCUCUGCCAUUCUAACCAUUCUCUUGAUUAGGGGAUCCUGCCUGCUGCCCCUGCUAAAGAACAUUAAGCUAAUAUUACAAUUCAUAAACUGAAACAUUAGCAGCAUUUUUUAGCUGCUAAUCAAAUUUAGCUGCUAAUGAAAAGUUUAACAAGCAAUUUUAACUAUAAAAGCUGUAAACGCUGCAUCAUAUAGUGCUUAAUCAAUUAAAAGAAGAUUACUUACUGUAAUGAUUAUGAUUUUGUUUAAAAUUAUUUGUUAAAUCUGACUGAAUGCUGAUCGUGAAAGUGCAGUGCAGACUGACUUAAAUAACUGUGUACCUCUUGAUCUGAGUAAAACCGGUUCCAUAUGGCUUUUCUCCUGAGAAAAUUUUCACAUGGGUUGGGACAGGUUUGGUAACAAGGCUUUGCUGAUGAUUGCAGCUAAUAAAAAUAUAAAAACAUGUAACGAUUUUCUACUUAAUUUACUUUCGCUGAACAUUACUGUGUUUUUUGCACUAAUCAGUGCACUUAAUCCUUCCAUUUUCCUAAAAAUUGUCAGUGUGCCUUUUAAUCCGGUGCACUUUAUGUAUGAAUUUUACCAGUCAGGUUGUAAAGAGCAGUAAAACCACUCUGCUGAAGUACAGCGAUAUACAAGAGUUUCCGUUUAGUUCUCCAGCAGUUUUAGCAUUUACUGCUAAUAGGGCUAAGCGCUAGCUCGUUUGCUGUUCAGAGGUGAGUAUUAUCAGCCUGAAGUCUGCGUGUUUACUGUUUUAAAACAAGCCACUUGGGACGAACCGCAAGCUUAUAGCGUCCUGACUUUCCGGAAAACAAAGCUCAUUUGACUUUAAAAUAUAUAUAUAUAUUUUUAAGAAUCACAGUUUUGUUUAAUUAGCUUAGCAUUUUGGCAAGACCUGCUAAAUUAGAAGGAAAACAAGACGACACCAGUUAUUUACUUGUGUCGCGUAAUGCGCCCUAUAAUCCAGUGUGCCUUGUGUAUAAAAAUAGACCAGAAAAUAGACGUUUACUGAUAGACGUGCAUCGUAUAAUCCUGUGAGCCUUUGUAAAUUCAAAAAACAACUUAAUAAAAAUGUCUUGUUAUCUUUAAGGUUCUCUUAAUGUAAUUAUUUUUGAUACAUAAAUUAUAAUACAUAAAUGUGUCUAUGUUUAAUUCUUAUUAGUUAUGAGACAAUAAUCAAUAAUCAUGCAUAAAUAAGCUUACUGUAAGUUAGUUAGCAUUCAGUAAAUAUGAUACAUACCUGCACAACUUUGAAUAUGAAAAAGCAUGCACCAUAGAUAUUUACCACCACACCAUUAACAUGAGCAGCACAUGCAAUUUAACUAGCUAGUUAGUUCACAAAGGUAGCGUUAGUUAUCUAGCAGAAGUUUCAGGGACAUUUGAUAUUAGUGACCUAGGUUAGCUAGCUAAUGUUAUUUUGUGUGUGUGUGUACUGUUUGGUAUGAAGCUAGCAGUUAGCUUCACACAUAAAAAAAACAUUAGCUAUUACUUCUAGCUAGCUAACCUCAUAUCUAACCAUACACAGAAAAAAAUGUUAGCUAGCAAACUACUGACUACUUCAUUCUAUGGCAGUUCAUGUAAUUGUAGUGCUUUUAAUGUGAUUCUUUUAACACUUCUUGCCAAUACACAGCCUUAAUACAAUGACUGACAUAUUUCUACACUCACUGUUCAUAUUUUCAGCUUAGCAGUUUCUCUACAUAUUUUAACAGCCUGUCAAUGUCACAGCAGUGCUGUUCCUCAACCCAAAUAACAUCUGGUCCUGACCAGUGAGAAACAGGGUGCAGGGAGGAUAAUAAAGUAUACUGAGAAACAUACAGGACUACAGUCUGUAAUUCUAGAACUACAAAGUGCUCCUAUACGCUGGAAAGAGCUGGAGUUGAAAAGAUGACAGUGUGUAAAGCAUGUGGUUUUAAUGAAGUAGCUGGUCAAUGUUUGUAACCAACUUAUGGGUUUAAAAAAUUUAAAGACGUAAAGAAUGUUUUUAAACUUUUGUACUAAUGAUUUGCUUUGUUUGUUAUAGAAGCAAUGCACUCUGCAGCAGUUGCAAAUAAAAUAUUAAAAUACG